GCCCCCUCAGGCGCCUGACGCUGAACCGCUGCCCCUUCUCAUUUCCAGCCCCGCAGAUCUCCAUUUUCUUCUUUCCAGAUAUUCGGGAGCAGAGGAGAAAAGACUUGAAAAAAUGAAUGAAGAAUACGACGUUAUCGUUCUGGGCACCGGGCUUACGGAAUGCAUUUUAUCAGGCAUCAUGUCGGUGAAGGGGAAGAAGGUUCUGCACAUGGACCGCAACUCCUACUACGGAGCCGAGAGUGCCUCCAUCACGCCUCUUGAAGAUCUCUACAAGCGCUUCAGCAUUCCGGGCAAACCUCUUGAGUCGAUGGGAAAAGGCCGGGAUUGGAACGUGGAUCUCAUCCCUAAAUUCCUUAUGGCCAACGGUCAGCUGGUGCGCAUGCUGCUGAUCACAAAGGUGACUCAGUACCUGGAUUUCAAAGUGGUAGAGGGCAGCUUUGUGUACAAGGGGAGCAAAAUCCAUAAAGUCCCCUCCACUGAGGCCGAGGCUCUGUCAUCUGGUCUCAUGGGGUUGUUUGAGAAACGGCGCUUCAAAAACUUCCUUCAGUUCAUUUCCAACUUUGACGAGAGCAACCCCAAAACCAUGGAAGGCAUCGACCCCCAGCAGUCGACUAUGAGGGACAUUUUCAAAAAGUAUAACCUGGGCCAGGACGUCAUCGACUUCACCGGCCACUCCCUCGCCCUCUACCGCACAGACGAAUACCUGGAUCAACCUUGCAUCGAAACUAUAAACAGGAUCAAGCUUUACAGUGAGUCUCUGGCCAGAUACGGCAAGAGCCCAUACCUCUACCCACUGUACGGCCUGGGAGAACUGCCACAAGGGUUUGCCAGGCUGAGUGCUAUCUACGGGGGGACGUAUAUGUUGAACAAGCCCAUAGACGAGAUCGUGGUAGAGAAUGGGAAGGUGGUGGGAGUCAAGUCUGAGGGAGAGAUCGCCAGGUGCAAGCAGCUGAUCUGCGACCCCAGCUACGCCAUGGACCGCGUCACCAAAGUGGGUCAGGUGAUCAGAGUCAUCUGCAUCUUGAGUCACCCGAUAGGCAACACUGGCGACGUCAACUCGUGCCAGAUCAUCAUCCCCCAGAAUCAGGUCAACAGGAAACAUGACAUCUACGUUUGUAUGAUCUCCUUUGCUCACAACGUGGCGGCACAAGGUAAAUAUGUUGCCAUCGUCAGCACCACAGUGGAGACAAACGACCCCGAGAAAGAGAUCAAGCCGGCCCUGGACCUACUGACGCCCAUUGAGCAGAAGUUUGUCAGUAUUAGUGACCAGUAUGCACCCACUGACAUGGGCACUGACAGCCAGAUUUUCAUCUCCCGUACGUAUGAUGCCACCACUCACUUCGAGACCACCUGUGACGACAUCAAAGACAUCUACAAGAGGAUGACGGGCUCGGAAUUUGACUUUGCCGAGAUGGAGCGCAAGAAGCAGGACACCUUCGGUGAUGCCGCAGACUAGAGGCGAAAGCAUCCGCAACACUCCUGAUAUCAAAGAACAACGCUGCCGACAACUGAAAUCUUACAAAAAAUAGAAAACCUACACAAAACAUGUACACACCUAUGGGCUGGCUGAUCAUCCAAGUCUAUGGUUUGCCCCUUUUUAGGAAGUCCAUGAUAUAUAUAUAUAGGGAGAUAUGAUAGAGUAUUGUUGGACAGGGUUU